AUGGCUGUUCGGAUCGUUGUCGCGGGCGCCGCCCUCUUGACAGUCACCUGCUCCUUGGAGCAAGGCAUUCACAACCCACCAACACUCGGCUGGAACUCUGUAGUCUGGGAUCUCUUCCGUCACUAUUUCACGGUGCUGCUGUGGUGGUUAUCAGGCAGCCAGCCCCAACGCGGCAGAUCCGCCACGAGACGGAAGAGGGGCUCUGCGGCGGAAGCGUCUGAACCGGGGCAACUUGGAGUCGCCCGUACAGUUACUCUUGCUGGCGUGGGCGAGGUCACAUAUGGCGAGCUUGCGAUUACACAACUGAGGCGCCAGGCGGCCGCGUUACGGGAGGAAUGGGGGAAUGAGGCAGACUUCGUGAGACAGAACGUUGGACGGCUCAUCGUUAGUCAGUCAGCUCCUCCUACUCAGACGCAGGUCAAGACGUGGGCUAAGGCUGCUAGAGGCAGGUUUCGAGUGCGCGGCCAGGCACGCGUGCGCGAGGCGGAGCAGCUGGAGCGUUUGGCAAGCGAGAUACUGGCGACACUGGGAAAAGCUGGUGCUCAUCUACGACUGUCAGGAAGUCCCAGUUCGCCGCGACCAGGAACGACUGAACAAGCCUCCGGAACAGACAGCGACGGAGGCGCGUCAGGUACGGCACGCGGCAGUCCACCCCCUCCUACAAGCACAAACGACUAUUGCAGGGCCGGCAUUCAGCAACUGCGGAAUCAAGCGGCGGCUAUCAAGCACACAUACAGUAGUAAAGAUGCCUUCGUUGCGCGACAAGUUGCAGCACGGAUGGCGCGGAGUGAGAACCCAUAUCCGCGCGAGUGCGUCGUUCGUCAGUGGCGAUACCAAGCAACUCAUUACUUCAAUAGGCAAGCGACACUCCGGAUGGACGAAGCAGCGGCGCUAGAGGCCCAGGCGAUGGCCUGGGAGAACAGACUGACCGCAGGCGCCCUCACGCAGGAUGACCCCUGCGAAGGCGACCCCCGACGCCACCGUCAGAAACGCCAGGUGCCAGUAGAGGCCACGUCCACCGCCGCCUCGAGUGACCCAUCUGUGAGCAGUUCUCCUACCGCUGCCGAGACGAGGGGCUCACUAGCUGGAACACUGCUUGGCAGUACUGUUGAGCUGGAGGGCAUUGGCAAGGUGCCUUACGUUCAACUUGCCAUAGAGGCGCUAUCCCGUCGUGCUGCAUAUUUACGGAGUCACUGGGAAAACGAGGACGACUACAUAAGAGAAAAAAUCGCCGAGGAAAUGCUGCAGCAUGACGUUCGAUCUCCGUCACAACGGCAACUCCGCAGGUGGAUCAAGGCCGCGCGAAGACGCUACUGCGCCCGCGGGCCCGCCCGAGCUGACGAGGCUGCCGGCUUGAUGAAUCUGGCCGAUGAUCUAACGAAGAGGGCUGCCGCAGCAGGCAUCCCGCUACGAAGCUCCCAGGAACACACUGCGCAGGCAGUGAAAUCUGGUGAAUGCCUUCCAUCUGCGCAGGGCGAAGGACCCUCAGCAGGACCUCGACAUAGUCCCGCAACUGGAGAGCCUCCCACAACGUUCGCGCACAUUGCUAUUGCCGUAUUACGGAGCGAGGCGCAGUUCCUACGGUCCCUCUGGUACUGUGGAGAGGCGCAAGCGGUUGCGCAGCACGUCGCGCUGCGCAUGGUCCGUCAGGGCGACCCAUCGCCAUCCCCGAAGGUACAACGAUAUUGGGAGCACACACAACAGGACUUUUUCAGGCGCCGCCUGCGCGUGCGGCAAGAUCAUGUGCGUCAACUCGAAGCUCGAGCACUCGCCCUGGAACAGGAACUUCAGAGCCUGCUCUCGGCUACACGCGGCCACGAGGCAGCUCCGUCGCGUGAGGCUGAAUCGACUGGGAAAUCCUCCGAGACUCCCAAGUCUGGAAAAAGGAAAGCAAAAACCAAACACCUCUCUCAGACUCCGUCCGCGAGCGCCGGUGAAGGCACCUCGAGCGCCGGUGAAGGCACCUCGAGCGCCGGCGCCGCGAGCAUGCCGAGAUCGCUCUGGCUAACUCCAGUCGUCGCCCUCCCCCUACGAGCACCUCGACAGGGCCCGUGGUGGCCGGGUGCCGAAGCCCCUGUUGCAGGUCGGCAGGUCUCCCCAACUGCCGAACCACAGCCGAAGAGAGCUAGACGUUCCAGAGAAACGUCAGGUCGGUCGCCGCCAACGGCGUCUGGCCCUUCUGUGGGUACAGGAGGCCAGCUGCCAGCACAACUAGGCCCAGCAUCCGCUGCGUCGGCUACACCUGCCGCUGAAUCAGACGGUGGGUCAAGUGAGACUGUACCAGCCCCGCCCAAAAAGCAAAUGCUCCUCCAAUUUCUAGCAACUCAAAUCGCUGCAGGCACGCCAUCGCCCCCCCCUCCAGUCCCAACGGUUCGGCCUCGUUCGCCGGCGUCAACAGCGUCUGCAGGGCCGCCUCUGGCCGCACGCCCCCACCCGUCGCUCCCCCAACCAGCAAGACAAGCUGAGCGGCCCGGGCGCGUCUCUAGCGACAGAGAGCCAAGGGCACUGCCGCUCAAGAAGCGCCCACUCCGCACCCCCCUUCCUCUCGUCCACUCCUCGCCUACCAGCACCACCCAGCACGAACGGGACCCGCCUGUGUCUGGAGCUCAUACUACAGCAGGGACCGAGCCCUCAUCUGGUGUUCAGCCACCACCUUCGGGCAAGCAUACAUGA